CAGGCAUGUGCAUAGUUGUUUUGUUGAGUUGUUGAUUGUUUUGGUUUUCACCUCAGGUUUUCACGGUUUUCUCAUCAUGUUUUUUUUUGUUUAUAUUGGCAGGGCUGUGAAUGAAUCUUGAGUUUAUAAAGGUUUCACUAAACUAACUAAAAAGUGUUAGUUGAUAAUUUUAAGUGCGAUGUCAGCGGUGGACACGGCCCCCGGUGCCGCGGCGGGGGAGGAGGGGCCGGCGGGGGAUGGGGGGGAGGGGGGCGCGCGGGGGCUCACAGCGGCGCAGCGCGCGCGCGCCGAGCGGCAGCGGCUGCGGGCGCGGGAGCUACGCGCUGCUGCUAAACCAGAUAAAUACUGCAGGGACGAAAAAGAGUCAGGUCCGCGCGCGAUCGUGUCCGGCGGAGAGAAGCUGCUGGACACGGGCGGCGGCUUCCUGCUGCCGGCGAGCGAGGCGCCGCGCGCCGCGCCCGCCCCCGCGCCCGCGCUCCCCGCCCCGCCCCCGCGGCGCGCCGACUGGCCCGCGUGCGUGCAGUGCGGCGCGCGCUUCCCCUCCAGCUACCUGCUGGACAAGUUCUCGUGGGCGGCGUGCGACGCGUGCCGCGAGCACGAGCAGCACGAGCUGCUGACGCGCACGGAGGCCAAGGAGCUGUUCCUGCUGAAGGACUGCGACCUGGACCUGCGGCCGCCGCCGCUGCCGUGCGAGCGCCGCCGCAACCCGCACCACCGCGCCGGCGACAUGCGCCUGUACCUGCGCGCGCAGCUGCAGGCCCGCGCGCAUGAGGUGUGGGGCGGGGAGGCGGGGCUGGCGGCGGCGCGGGGCGAGCGGGAGCGGCGGCGCGAGGGCGCGCGCGGGAAGCGCUACGCGGCGGAGCUGCGCGCGCUGCGCAUGGAGGCGCGCGGCUCGCUGUACGCGGCGGCGCGCGCUGGCCACGAGCACCGCUGGGGGGCGGAGGCGCCGGCGCCGGCCGCGGGGGACGACAUGUACCAGCGCACCUGCCUCGACUGCGACCACACGCAGCUCUAUGAGAAGAUGUGAUCGCCCUUCGACUUCAUUAUUACCUCAAUAUCAUUGAAAUUGUACAUUUUGUCCUUGCAUCAAAUGAGGUAUUGUUGGUAAUGAUAGAUUGGUUUAUGAUUAUGGUUCGGAGAUCUGCUGAGGUAGAUUCUACCAUACGUAUUGCAGGAGAAGUUACCGACUGCUGAAACGCUAUCGGGCUGGUGGCGUCUCGUUCUCCUAUCCGCCAGUGUCCUCAACUACUCUUGAUCGUGUGCCCUAUGCCCAUCGAACACACUCUUUUUCCACACAGUGCGAUCCUCCGCAAGCUCCUCCCAUCCCAUAAUGGUUAAUACCGAAUGAGUUCAUGUCUCUCUUGGCACAGUCUUUGAAUCGUAGCAGUUGUCUUCCGACAUGUCUCUUUCCAUGUGCUAAAGCGCCAAGCAAAACACGACGCGGUAAACGAGAGAUCCAUCCUGUGCACAUGCCCCAGCCAUCGCAACCGCCUCUGUUUUAGCAAUGCCGUUAGACUAGGAAGCUGAGCGAUUUCAAGCACCCUCUCGUUGGUGACCCUAUCCUUCCACGAGAUCUCCAGGAUGUCCCGGAGGCAGCGCAUAUGGAAUGUGUUGAGUCGGCAUUCCUGUCCAUAAUACGGGAUGGGCCAUGAACAUGAAUUUGUUAAAAAAAAGAAAGACUUUUUUUUAAAUAUUAUAAAUGUGAAUAUACUUAACUCAGCCAUACCUUAUUUGCAAGGCAUCACCACUUUUUCGAAGGAUUAAGUUAAAAUAGAACGUUAGCAUAGUAACUGUCGAUUUGUACCUUUAAUUAAAUAUUUUUAAGUAAUAAUAAUUUAUUAAGUAAGGAGAAGUAAAUGAAAGAGGAGAAAUAAAAAUCGUGGAAUGAAAAA